UCAUCAAAAUGGCAACGAUUAACCUCAAAGGAUAUUUAAAAAAUAGAUCCGGCAUUAUGCAUUUACUCGUCGUUUUGUUUGGUAUAUCUGCUUGGAUAGGUGUUAAUGGAAUUUUUGUUCAAUUACCAAUACUUGUUCAUUAUUCUCCUGAAGGUUCAGCUUUACCAACUUAUAUAGUAAUAGUAAUACAAAUGGCAAAUGUGGGACCAAUUAUAUAUAUGCUUUUACAACAAAUGCAAUUUAAAAUAAAUGAAUUUUUAUUUAUAUUAGGAAUUCUUACUAUAGGAAAUAUUUCUAUGGCACUUUUAAUAUUUUUUUAUAACAAAACUGUUGUUAUAUCAAAUUCAGAAUAUAGUUUAGCUUUAUUUGUUUUAACAUUUUUUACGGCACUUGUUGGAUGUUUCAGUUCUGUUCUAUUUAUGCCUUAUCUUCGUAAUUUUAAUGAAACAUAUAUGAUAUCAUAUUUUAUUGGAGAAGGAUUAAGCGGUGUGUUACCAAGUUUAGUUGCAUUGAUUCAAAAUAUCGGAGGAAAUAAAAACUAUGUCACAAACAGUACCAUUACAUCAAAAGAAAUAAUCCCUGACUUGAGAUUCACUCCAUUAUAUUACUUUUUAUUUAUCUUUCUUGUUUUACUCCUAUCUCUUAUUGCAUUCAUUAUAUUACAAUAUUCUUCAUUUAAAGAUAUCAAAAAGAAUUAUGAAGAGAAUAAAAAUAGCCAGGAUAAGAUACAAGUUACACAUCAUAAUAUUAAUGAUAAAUCUAUUUCUACUUCCAAUAAUUUAUAUUUAGAAAAUGACCAGACAGAUAAACAUUAUUUAUCAAAUGACAAAAGAAAAAAAGCAAGAUGUCUUAAAACAGAUUACAAAAUGUCAUUUUAUCAAAAAUUGUACUUACUUAUUUUAAUGAGUUUGCUUUGUUUCUUUGGUAAUGGAUUUUUACCAAGCAUACAAUCAUAUUCUUCUUUACCAUAUGGAAAUAUAACGUAUCAAUUAUCUGUUACUUUAACACAAUUUGCAAAUCCAAUUGCAUGUUUUAUAACAUUUUGGAUUAUAUCAUCAAAUUUAAAUAUUAUUCAUGCUUUAUCUACAAUAAUAUUUAUACUUUGUAGUUAUGUUACAUAUAUAGCACUGAUGUCUCCUUUUGUACCACUAAAAGAAUCUAAAAUGGGUGUAAUAAUUAUAUUGAUAUCAUGGACUAUUCUUAUAGGAUUCAUUUCUUAUGUAAAACUUGUUAUUAUAUCAAUAUUUAGACAGAUACAAAAAGAAAAUAUUCUUUUUUAUGUUGGCAUUAUUAUGCAGGCAGGUUCUGCAAGUGGAGCAAUUAUUUCAUUUGUUUUAAUCAAUUUCACUAAUUUUUUCCAAACAUAAAGAAAAAACACACGUUUUUGUUUUAAUAAUUAAUACAUACACAGACACAUAUAUAUAUGCAUUCAUGCUCUCCUUCUAUCAAAGUCUCAAAUUAUUUAUCAUUUUUAUAUUUUAUGUCUAGACGUAUCAAACAAAUAAAGACAAUAAAAAAAUUAAAGUAACUAAAAUAUAUGAUAAAAAAAUAUUGAACAAUGAUAUUGUUAAUGUAUUAAAAGAAAGAAAUUCGCGACGUGUUUAUAGUGACAUAGUUUAUAUGCGCAGAGUUUAAAUGUAAUCGACAAAUUCAAAUAAUUCAAUAUUUAGCGCGCUUAAUUAACGUGUCAUUCUGUACAUCAUCCAGGCAAACACAUAAAUAUUUUAUGCAACAGACAUAAACGCAUAAAGUCGUAAACCCCAUAAAAUUAAUGUCGUUUACAUUAGAUUUAUUUAAUCGUCGACGAUUAGACAUGUAUGUGAAAUGUUUAGGCUAAUGUUUACAAGAAUUAGAAGAAUUUAUAUAUCGUGUUAUUAAAUUUAGAAUAUUGUUUAUUUGAAAUAUAAUUUUAUGACAAUAU